CACCUGUACGCGCCGUUGAGAGAGAGCAGGAAAGGCAUAAUUCGAUCGUCUCGAGAUCCGCAGCAUCGAUGCCUGAAGCCCACGAGAGUGAUUGAGGAGCUGCAGUGAUACAGGAAUCCGAGGUCAUCGCAUGGAAAAUGCUGGCGCUCCGCAUCUGCAACAUCCUGGACUGAUUGCUCAUCGUCGAAACUUCGGAACCGCGGCGUGCAGGCUGUCGGUGCAGACAUGGCUUCAAAUCACUUUGGAAUUGAUGCGAAUGGCCUCGGACCUCUUAAUCAUUGAGGGAUACAGCGCUACGGGAACUAUCUUGGAUCUGUCCGUGUCUAAUAGUGGAGCUGGUCAGCGUUGUACUCCCACCGCCCUUUCUCCCAAAUGUGACACCAGACGUCACGACGGUGGGUCUCGAGUUAUGCACACGCUUGAUCGAGAUGUUGGCGCGAGAUGGACUAGUGUUCGGAAGGUGUUGGCUGUAGGGCGCUUCGAGAAGAGGUUCACCAGGCGGCAAGCGGCAAGCGUGAGUUGGCUUCGGGGAGAAACGGGCGGCGGCGUAAAAGUGGUCGGCGUGGGUGUAUUGUUUCUGGUGGACCUGCGCUGCGACGCCGUCGUGUCGUCGCGGCGGUAGGGCAUCGAUGAUGACGGCCUUGAGCUCAAGAGCGGCGGCGUCGAGGCAGGUGACUGCGGUGGAGUUGCAGGCGACAUGACAUGGUAGUGCUGAGGAAGAGAUGUGUGAAGGACAGCGAGCUGGGUGACGGUGGACGUGGGCUUGGCGGUGGAGUACAGCGUCCGAAGUAUGUCCGAAGUACCGAGGUGGCGC